GUUCAAGGUCGCCUGUUGUCGGUGGUUUUUGAUUCCAGUUUUUCCUUAACUAUUUUACUCUUAAUGUCCACCAAGCAUGGAGGUGUAACUUGUAACGGAUGUGCACGAAGAGAUUUCAGAUUUAGGCGAUAUAAAUGUCUCGUUUGUCGUGACUAUGAUCUUUGUGGAUCCUGUUUUGAUAGUCAACUAGAAAAUGAAAAGCAUUUCAGUUUCCAUCCAAUGCAAUGUUUAAUCACUAAAGCAGAUCAUGAUGUAUUUUACAGUGGUGAGAGUUCAACUAAAUAUUGUGUUCAAAGUUUCACUUGUUCAGUAUGUAAUCAGUUAGGUUUUACAGAAUCAUCGUUGUUAAGUCAUGUUUUUACUCAUCAUCCAAAUACUAUUGAUUCCGAAGUACUUUGCCCAUUUUGUGCCAUUCAAACAGAAGGUGAUCCAAAUCGUACUACAUAUGAUAUUGCAAACCAUUUUAAAACUGUUCACAAUUUUCAACCUCCUGUCAGUGGUAAAAGUGGUAUUCAAUCAUCUCAUUCGACCACUAGUAGUCAACAACCUACAACUUCUUCAAUCUCUGACUUCGUUCGUUUACGCUCUGAUCGACUAAAACAUGUCAAUAACACUGAUGCUGUUCAUAGUAGCACUUCACAAAAUCAACAUUUUUCAGUAGAUGAUAAAUCAUGUUGUUACAAUGCAAAUAAUUAUGCCAUAACAAAAUCAUUAUCAACAAAUUCACGUUUUACUACUGGUUGUAUAGUAGCAAUGAAAAAUUAUUUAAAAAAUUAUGAAAAUAAUAAAACUACCGAUGGAUUACUUGAUCAACCGAUUGAUUUGUUGUUACAAAAUAAUAAUGAACUAACUAGAAAUUCUACUGCUUUACACUGUGAACAUGAUAUGGACAAAGUGAAUUCACACUCUGAAGUUAAUCAGUCAAUAAAUUCUGUUAGUGAUAAAAACAAUCAGAAUCCAACGGUCAAAACUCAAGAAAAUGCAACAAACCAUUGUACAUCAACUGUUUCUGUUAUUCGAAACUCAAGACCCAACGAUAUUUCAAUUCCUUCUUCUACUGAGAACACAACUACUCCUGUUGAUCAGGUUGAUCAUUCAAGUAUUAAUGCCAACUCUAACUUGGAGUCUUUCACUUCGGAAAUAUCUGACCAUAAAUUGAAGUCAAUAAAUCCUAAUUCUUCAAAGUAUUCAAAAUCAUUAUCAAACGAUUUACAUACAAAGUCAGUUAAUGAUGAAAAAAAUAAAGAAUCAAACAAAAAACCAGUCUUUAAUUCUCAUUGUAUGAAUGAUUCCCAGUCGACAUUACCAGCUGUACUUGUUCAAGAUGAAUGGGAUAUCGAUUGGCAUGUAUUUUUGAAUGAAUUAAUUUGGUCUAGUUUGUGUAGCAAUGAAGUCUCAUCAAAUGUUACUUGAAAACAAUUCAUUAACAUGUGUAUACGCAUACUGAUGAUAACAUUAUUUAUCAAAAAAAUUCUCUUGUAGUUGGUUUUUUUUUCUUUUUCAUUUCAUUAGUAUGAUAACCUAAUCUAUUUUGGACUGUCAUUCCAAACUGACACAAUGUUCAAAUAAGUAUAUGUGUGUUAUUGAUUUCACCUUUCGGGGUAUCAAACAAUUUCUGUGUUCAUUUUUAAAUUGUUUUUUUUUUUUGAACUAGUCAUUCAGAAGUAAAACAGUUUGUUAUAUCGAAUAAUUGUACAUGUAGUUGAUUAAUCUAUCAAGAUUUGUAUACAGAGAUGUAUAUGUAUAUAUAUAUCUAUACAUAUAUAUAUAUAUAUUUUUCAAAGUA